GCUGAACAUCCCAUUUUAAAAAUUUAACUAAAAAUAUUUAUAAUGGAAUAUAAUAAUAAUACCAACGAUACAGGUCAUUUAAUAGAUCAAUAUCGUUACGUAUUUUUCUAUACAGUUCCAAUAUUAACAAUAUUCUGUAUAAUCAGCGUAAUUAUAAAUAUAAAAGUGCUUUUAGCUGUAAGAUGGCUGCGUAAACCUAUAUCUCCAACAAUUCAUAUGAGUUUAAGUUUAGCUGCGGCUGAUGCUAUAUCAUCAUUCCUUUUAGGAUACAGCAUAGUUGCAAAUAUCCUAUUCAAGCAUGCAAAUUGUUACUUUGCUACAUACAUUGAAAUGUAUCGACUCAGUUGUAUUAUUAUAACAGUAAUUCAUUUAUUGGUAUUAAGCAUGAAUCAUUGGUUGGGAGUUUUAAAGCCUUUACAUUAUUCCUUUAUGAUGACAACGAGAAGAGUGACAAUAAUCAUAAUUUUCUUAUGGAUCUUACCCAUAACAUUUUUUAAUAUAUAUUUCUUCGCUCAUAGUAAAUACAGCGAAUUUUGCCCGGAUUUUUUACAAGAUUUUAAAUUCAGAAUGACUUUUGCUGCGAUUUUUUUCAUUUCGUUGAUAUCUAUGGUAUUUCUUUACGUUCACAUAUUGAUAAUUGUGAUACAACAUCAAAUAGAAUGGAAAAAACUUUCUCGAUCUGGAAGUAAACGAAGUCGGCACAUAACAUCGAACAGUUCCCAACAAAAACGUGCUAUGCAAGGUACAAUUAAAGCCGUUUGUACUACAUUACUUAUAUUGGGAUCGUGCUUAAUCGGUUGGGUACCGUCAUUAUUAAAAUUUAUCCUAUUUUGUAAAAACGGAUGUGUUUAUGAUAGGAUCCCGGAUAAUAUUGGGAUUGAACUCAAUUUAUUCCUAUCUCAUUUAGCAUUCUUUCUAUUCGUAUUGAAAACGCUUGCAAAUCCUAUUAUCUAUUCGAGGAGGAUGAUCGAAAUACAGGAGGCGACUCGUCGGAUGAACUCGGAACUCUGCGGGGUAUUCUGUCAAUCGAACGACCCGGACAUCAACCACUCCGAUACACAAUCAAUUCCCUUAGGGUGCAGCACUUCUGUACGAUCUAUGCACCGAUUAAACGGAUUACAUACCGUUCAGAAAAGUAUUCGUUUAUCACAGAGGACGUUAGUUUAAAAUGUAAUUGUGUGAAACGCUGUGUAAUCGUAUACAAUUUGUUGGAAAAUGUUUCUAAUUUUGUUAUUUUAUUUAAUUACAGAGAAAAGACAAAAAUUUUAGCUUAAUCGCCAAAAAUAAACAAUUUCUUACCAUUGUGAAUGUACUUUUAGACAACCUUGGAGACGUAUUAGAAGAGAGCAGGAGUGUAGGUAAUAUUCAUUAACCAACUUAUCUAUGAGCAUAUUUUUUAGAUAAAUUUAGAAUACGUUGACUCAAAGUAUUUAUUUUUGACAUUAUUUAUUACUGUUUAUCGGGUUUCCUACACUCAAGUUUCCCCCAUUUCCAUAUGAUACUGAUGAAUACCGACAUGUCAUAAAACCUUCAUCAUCUAUCGAUUAGCAAAUUAAAUGUGAAAAGAACGCGGUGUUUUUAAAAUACAGAAUUUUUAAGAGUUGUGUUUUUGGACCAUAAAGUGACCAUAGAGACCAUAUUGUAGCAGUUAAACUAGAUUUGUUUAUUUAUAUAUCAUCUUGUACUAAACUUUAGUUUUAGCACUUUUUGAUCAUAACUAUUAAUUAACUUUUAAUUAUUCCCUAUAUUUUUUGAUAAGUAGACAUAGACCAUUUGACGGCCCAAAUCCAGGAUCAGUUUGUUGCAAGAAGAUCCCUUAGAAAUCUUUGAGCACUUUCUCACAAACACUCUUUUUGAUGACAUUACAAGCGAAAUGAACCAAUACAAGGCUUAUCCACAUCAUCAUUCUUGACUCUACAGCUCGUUGCCAACCUUGGCUUAACAGUUCCUUCUAAACUUGUCCAUCCUGCGCUUGUCGUCUCCAACUCCAGAUCUUCAAUCUUCUUAGGUCCUUCUCCACAUCGUCCACCAAUCGUGUCUUCGGCCCAAAGGUCCACACGAUCAAAGAUAAUUCUUGCGGUACUUUUUGUGCCCAUUCUGGCUACAUGGUCAAUCAAUCUCAACCUUUACACUUUUAUAAAUUUAACACCGACGCCAGACACUGUUGUCAUUAAAAGCGCCAUAUGUUCUUCUAAACACUUUCUUUUCAAAUCUCCUUAGUGCCUCUUGGUCUUUCUGCACUAAGGCCCAUGUUUCCAACCCAUAGGUAAGUACUUGUUGUGUUAAGUUCUUGUAUAGGAAUAAUUUGAUUUUUCUUGGUAGCUAAGAUGUGAAAUUGUUUUUAAGUCCAUGGAAGCAUUUAUUGGCUUGGAUUUCCUUGCUGACCAAAUGAAUUUUAUUAUUCGUUGGGGAUCCCAAGUAUACGAAGCUUUUAACCGUCUUUAUUUUGUCAUCCCAACUUCCAAAUGUUGUGGUAUAUUUCUACCGCUAACCUUUACCACCAUAUACUUGGUCUUUUCAAAAUGUAUCUUCUCCACCAUGAUGUUCUCAUACUACCUUUUCCAGGGCAAUGUUAAAAAGCAAACAUGACAACCCAUCUUCCUGUCGUAGACAUUCGUGGCUUACAAAUAUUCUUGAUAGAUAAUCUACUUGUGUUCUGACUUUACAGGAAACCAUUCGGAGUGUUAACCACAUUGCUACUAGAUGCGGAGCUAUAUUAUUGAACGAACAUGCAUCACCGUCGGUCAAAUUCGGAUCGAUCUUGUCUUAAAGCUAUGAUAACUUAUAGCUAUCUCAUAGAUAGCGGUAAAGGACGUUUACAUGGUCGAUGAAAACGACGUGAUUAAAACACAGUAUGCACGCUGAAAGCAAGUAGGGUUCGUGACCACGUGUCGAGUGUUACAUACUAAGUAUUUAAUUUCUUAACUUUGUUUGUACCCCACUGUAGUCCAUUCGUGCUUGCAUAAGCGAUAUCACUUGAUUUAACGUAUUUCAUUAACCCUUAACUAACAUCAUACAUAUUUCAAAAAAAGUAACUGACUC